CAUAGCGGCUGGGAGCGGCGGCACCGCGCGGUGCCCGCCGGGAAGGGGCGGUGUCGUGCCGGCGGCGGCGUGGCCGCGCUCACGGACGGCGGCGCCAUGGCGAUGGUGCGGCUGUGUUGCGUUAUGAGCGGCGGCCCGGCUCCGUCCUUGGGGAAAUUCCUGCGCUGGGAGUUGCGGAGGACGGCGUGGACGAAGGAAGCUGCCGGCCCGCCCCGCUCGCUCGGUACGUCUGUGUGUCUGCGAUCUCACUGUGCUCCUCCUGACGCGGCCCCGCAGAAGGCUGGAGAUGGGAAAAGCGAGGAGUUCGACGUGGUGUACCGGUUCCCGGGCAUCAAGUACUGCCGCGUGCUGUCCAGGCUGAAGCUGCUGCAGACCGCGACCACCCUGCUGGUGCUGCCGCCCGUCUGCUACCUGCACCUGCAGCAGCAGCUGCCCCAGGCCAUGCUGCUCUACACGGCCGGCAUCGCACUCUUUGCUGGAGUGAUGCUGUACGGGAUGAGCUAUUUUUUCAGACGAAUUAUCGGAUUGAUCUACUUAAGUCGAUCAGGAAGAACUGUCAAAGUGGCCCACCUGACGUUCUGGGGGAGGCGCAACGACAUUUGCUGUCCCCUGGAGAAGGUGAUGACUUUGGAUGAGGUCGGGGAUGCCAGAGGGGAGCUGCUGCUGCGGUUCAGGCGCUAUGACAGCACAGAGAUCUUGUAUUUCACGAUCAAAUACGGCCAGAUUGUGGACAGACAGAAGUUUCUGCAAAUAUUUGGAGAGCUGCAGUGAUGGGGCAGCAGAGCGCUGCUGAUGUUGCUUGUUGCGUUGUUACCUGUGUGGAUUCUUGCAUGAUGGCUGUCUGUGUACAGACAUCUGUGGAGGCAGCUCUUUGUAGGAACUUAUUUAAUAUGCUCUGAUGAUUGGGUGUGUGCUAGGUGUAAAAUGAAGAGCCUCGGAGAAGUCCAAUUAUAAAUAUUUUAUUUAAGAAUACUGAUUACACGAGACGUCAUUCCGUUAUGAAUUUGUGUACAAUUACUAGUUCCACCAUGAAGUGUACUUAAGUAUUGGUUUAAACAUUUAUUUGGCACUGUCCACGGUAUGCUGUAAACAAUAUUAACUUCAUGUGCUUCAGCUGCAGUGCUGUCUAUGUGUUCUCUAACGUGAUCUCGUCGGCACGUUGUACACAAUUUUACAGUUAGUGAGAGUCGGUAAAAAUUAUAAAAACAUCUACAGUGCUCAUCAUAAAAGAGAAGAUGUGCUAAGACUUCAACUUACUGGACCGUUGUUCUGUAAAAGCACGAGACUUGCUAGGAGGCUAAAACUACUGUACUGAUAUGUCAAACUACCUAAUUCCCAGAACGUGGUCAAAAGCAGUUCUCAGUUUGACUUUCAGUGAUGAAACUCUUAUGAGGACAGUGAUCACAGCAGCCCCCAGACCCUUCUCCAGAUUUCAACCACCUCUGUUCGAGAACCUGCUCAGGGUCUGACCGGCUGGUACCGGAAUUCUGGGUGCUGCAGGGAAGUUUAUAGAAAUCCCAUUAUUUUUAAGCUAAUGGAAGAGAGUUUUGUUGAGUUGUCCAAUACCAGAACUCAAUAAAGAAAAUGGGAGAACCACGAUUAAAACUUAGCAAGGUAAGAAACCUUUCACAGCUUGGCAGCAAUUUUAAGCACUUUUUUAAGCACAAUUUUAAGUAUAAAUCCUUUUCACUGCUCUGUCUUUACUGUAUAACUAAAGACUUGGGGCGACUGCAGAGUCAAAUGUGGUCCCUUUUUUUU